AUGAACUGGAAGCAGCACAACUUCGAGGGCUUCCAAGGACUGAAGGCGGGAGUCACCGCGACAAGCUUCUUGGAGGAGCUCCAGAGGGCCUUUGGGGAUUCUAACGCAGAGCAAGUCGCUGCCGCCCGACUCAUGGCCCUUCGUCAGGGCAGACGGUCCUUUGCGGACUACAUCUCCGACUUCAAAAUGCUAGCUGCAGACGCGGGGUACAACAUGGUCACCUCCACCGACAGCAAGGGCGAGUACAAGAAGGGGGAACAGGACAAUAUCCUCAUCAAGUUCCUGGAGCGCGGACUCAGCAGCAAAAUUGCAAGCCGCCUCUACAACACCGGCGUUCCCCUGCCCAAGGCAUAUGGUGCCUUCAAGAACUGGUGUGUCAACAUUGAGGCCAAUGCCUUGCGUGACCAACUGCGUAAGGCCUCCUAUGCGCACUCGACUCCACGGCCUCCCUCCCAAUUCCGCCCUCAGGCAGCACCAGCUGCGCCCACGCCUGCUCCGACCCGGCCGGCUGCCAACGAACCGGUCCCAAUGGAAAUCGAUCGCACCCAUGCCCGCGGCCGCAAUAUCAUCUGCUACAACUGUCAGCAGCCUGGACACAUCGCGCGGAAUUGUCCGGAGCCCAAGAAGAAGCGCACGUUCUUCAAUCAGGCCACAAUGCUUGAAGAGAUCGAGAACGGGGAUAAGGACAACGAGUUCCUCAAGGAGAUUGCCAAGAAGCUGCAUGAGAAGGGUUUUUGA